AUGUUGCUCAACUUGAUCAAGCCCCUCUGGGCUCUUCUCUUGCUGGCCUCUGUGGCCCAGGCUCAGUUCCAAUUCUUCGAGCACAUGUUUGGCGGCGGAGGCGGCGGCCAGCGACAGGCUCGCCAGCAAGCAGAACCUCAUGAUGGUCCUAGUGACCCUUCAUGGUAUCAAAAUGAGUGGGAGAAUGCACGCUGCUCCAAAUACCUAUGCCCCGAUACUCUUGCCUGCGUCCAUUUCCCGCAUCACUGUCCGUGUCCGCACCCAGAUGUGGAAGAAAAGAUUGAGUUGGGCGAGGGAAGUGCUGUUUGCGUUUCGAAGGGGGGAUACAAGGCUGGCGAGGCGUCGCGGAAGAUCGAGCUGGCUCGGAAGGGUCUUCUAUGA